AAGUGAAAGGAAUGCGCAUCGAUUAUUUGUGUGUUUUUCUCUUUCAGGGAUUGUGUGCAGAAAAUUUCACCUGAAUUCCGCGUAUUCGCUACCUGUGCAAGUGAUCAGUAAGGAGCGACAGGUAGCCCCGCCCCCAACUCAUCGGACUGGAAAAAGUUUAUUCACAAGAAAUGACUGAUAUAGUAUUUGUAAAGACCGAUUUACGAGUCUUGGAACAAUAUCAAAUCGCGCAAGUGUAUAGGUAACUUAAUUGUAAAAACGUUUUGAUCGAAGCGCCAGUUUACUAUUCGACGAACACAGAGCAGGUGUGAAGCAAAACACGUGCGGAUUUAAGUGACUUAAUUUCUCGUGCAACUUUAAAAAUUUCUUUCUCCAUGCAAAAAUAUAUCUGAAAUAGCUUAAAAUAUUGGAUUCCAUAAGAGAUUUUGUGAUUAACUGUUUUCUAUCAAAUUAUCAAUCAUGUCUCGAUUCUUUGGAGGAAAGGGAAAGGAAAAGGACAAGAGCCAGAAGUUUUAUGUGGAGUUCUUGGGAUGGAUUGAGAGCAGGGGACUGAUGGGGGAGAAAUAUACACGGCCGGUAGUGGACGAUCUCCGAAGGAAACACCAGAAGUGGAGGAACGCUCCAAAGCUCACCGUGCAGGUCAGUAAAAGCGAACUCAAAGUUUCCCAGGAUGUUCCUGAUAAGAACAAAAAGAAACCCAAAACAACUAAAUUCCCCGUCAUUCCCGUUGAAGAUGUGACAUACGUCUCACAAGCCAGACACCCGGUCACAGGCCAACCAGACGAUACUGUCGCCUGCAUCUAUCUUGGCUAUAUUCCAAGAACUAAACGCAGCGUUCACGUGCACGUCUACAGAUUUGAUUCAGCACAAACGGCUUCCAAGUAUGUCCGGAUACUGCAAGGUGUUAUUGGAAUGAGUGAAGACCGCCUAAAGCAGAUAGAAUUUACCUUAAUCGCCCGUGGAGAGCUCGAGGCACCUAUCAAUACUACAUAUGUUUAUCGACCACGACCAAGUCCCAGGGAUGCUGGAAUCGGAUCAUCCGACGGAAUGAGUGAACCAAGAACGGAUUCCGCUCCAGAUUCCGCUGCUGCUAGCACAUGCAGCACAAACUCUUUUCCCUCAGACGAAAUCGAGCCUGAUUUGGUUAGUCUUCAUGAACAGAUGCCAUUUGAAUCUGUUACAGAUGAACUCAAACUAAAACUAAAUGUGUCAAUAAAGGAAGGAAAACCUUUGUUGUUACCUCCAAAAGACUAUGAUACUAUCCGACGAAAACAAGGAAACUUGGAAAAUGUGGAAAACAGGAGAUGCUUAAACGCUAGUAUUGUCGGUAACAUGCCUUGGUCGUCUCCUCGAAGUCGAAAUGUCUCGGACGAGAGUGGAAUUGGACUGGAAUCUCCAUCACCUUCAGAGGAGCAGAAGAAGUUCCCGGACUCUGAUUUUGAUGAGGAUCGAGAAAACUCUCCUCCAUCAAGUGCAAGAAGCUUCAGAGAGGAAUUCGUUUAUCCUCCGCAAUCAGCCAGGAGCCCAAAAAUUACGACUGAUCGGCAAGCGUUACUUCGUCAGCCAUCUUUCUCUUCCGCCUACAGCAGCCAGAGUUAUAGAAGCGGAUCUUCCUCCUCCUCUUUUAUUGAAAAAGACAAUAGCACAGUGUACACAGGCAAACGGGCGGAAUUCGAUAUUCCGCCAGCGGACUAUGAUGCAGAUGACGUUGCAGUUAUGAGAGAAAAGAUGACGCGGAGAGCCCCGGAUAUGACAUCAAGCAUGCCGGUAAGCAUGUUCCCAAGAGACAUGCCGGAAUAUGCCAUCAUUGACAAGAAAAGAACAACUUCUACGAACACACCGCCGCAGUUUUCUGAAAUCUACUCACCUCGCGGAGUUGAACAUCGGGUUCGGCGGGUGAAUUCAAUGUAUAAGUGACAAAAUUAUACUUUGACUUAUAUUCUCAUCAUAAUUGCUGGGAUUUAUCAGCUUUGACAAACUCUCUCAUGAGUUCAAACAGGAUGGCGUGAUAUCCGUGUCUGACCAUGGACCGUGUCGUAGCCGGAGCCCAGACUCACUAAGCUGAGUCAGUAAGAUGAGUCUACGAUGAGUUUGUGAGGACGUUUUGUAAUGUGGCAGGUUUGAUGAGAUUGUUUGAUGUCUUGAUGACUUGUUAGUUGUUACAAAGUGUAAUUGUUCAAUUUCCUAAGGCCAGUUUGUCACAUAGCACAUCUUUGCUAUCAACUCUGUGAAAUCGAUAAGACACCCAAAUUAUAAAGUAAGAUUAUAUAAAUUGAUUUGUUUUUUCCUUAUCCUUUUUCAAUAUUGUGCUACGAAAUGGCCCAGAGGACAUUUUGAAAAUACUUUUUUAAGCUGUUGAAUGACGCGAUGUUACGUGUCAGAAAGGUGCAAUGUUUGUAAAUAAUUUGUUUAUCUGAUUCUGUUAUACUAUGUACAUGUAUGUAAGCAACGGUUUUCACUGCAUAUGAAUACUCUUAACUUCUUUGGUCCUUUUUUAAAAGGUACUCUUUUUCUAAUCUGUUAUUAUACUGUGGCAUUCGGAUCUCUAAGUAAUCCUCUUAAUUAGGCGAUUUUGUGGCUCAACCAAAUUCCGUAACUAAUCUUUGUUAUCAACACUCCAACUGUAAUACCACUGACAAAUGUUCCAUUGAAGAAAAACUAAACUGGGCCUAGUUCUUAGUAUUCUGUACCCCGUCCUUUUUACCUACCGAUCCUUGCACUUGUCUGUCAUUUAAACAAAUAAGAACAAAUAUUAUAGAAUACAAAAGUAAUAAUUGACAUAUUUCAGUUUUAUUCUUUAACUUGGCAAAGAGUUUGGGGAGAUAAUUAAAGUCGUAUCGUUAUAACCUGAAAACAAUAGACAGGUGUUUGUGAUAGGUAAUCGACACGAUAGCCAGCCAUCCGUGACUGGUCAGGUAGUCGUGCUUAAAGAACUCUCAAAAGUGUUUAAAGCUCAUGUUCUAGAUUUAAAAAGAUUGCAUUUUUCUAUCUGUUUAGAAUUAUGAAAUAUAUCUGUUUGGUCUAUAUCCACUGGAAUGCUUUAGGAGUAAAGGAAACAUUGUCCUAAGCUGGAAACUCUCCAGGCCAUUCCCAUGGAAGCCUUCGAUCGAGGAUUACACUUACAACCAAACGUAACCACGGCUUUACAAUUCCAGCCUAGAAUAGAAUAUUAGUUUCAGAAAUUUUUGAUGCGAUAUUUUUACCAUAUGAUAUUAAGAACUGUUUUUUUUUGUUAUACUUCUCUGUUAAUUCUUAUUCUAAAAUUAUGGUAAUUUUGUGAUUGACGUACGGAUUGAUUUGCUUCUGCCCUUUGAAAAUAAUCUCGAGGACCUUGGUUUUUAAUUAAGAUUAUUUCAUUUCUUUCCCAGCAGAUCGUUCUUGUACACAAAUAAACGACACAGGUGUAAUUUAUGACCUUUGAUUGGUUUUGUUUAUCGUUGUGAUAAGUGGCCCGCUAUUUUCUGCUGGUUCUUGACUGUCAGAUUUUGCGCUCGGUCUGGCGCC